CGAACCGUAGAUGACUUUCUCUGCUUAUGGGUUCCAACGACGACGGUGGAAGCGCCUGCCGCGAUGUUCUGGAGAAGUUCGUGCGCUCUCGCUACGCGUCGGCAAUGCUUCUUGCCGGUUUCGUGCUCAGCGCCUCUGUGAUUGCUCUUCACAUUGGCCAUGGGCCGACGCUGCCGUCGCUGCUUUCUGGGUUUAGGUUGUCGGGUAGGAGGAGGAAGAGGCCAAUCCGGGUUUAUAUGGACGGGUGCUUUGAUAUGAUGCACUAUGGCCACUGCAACGCCCUCCGGCAGGCGCGGGCGCUGGGAGAUGAGCUCGUCGUCGGUGUGGUUAGUGAUGAGGAGAUCACGGAGAAUAAGGGCCCUCCUGUGACGGCCAUGAAGGAAAGGAUGAUCAUGGUCGGUGCAGUGAAAUGGGUGGAUGAGAUCAUUCCAGAUGCUCCUUAUGCCAUCAACGAGGAAUUCAUGUACAAGCUCUUCAAUGAGUACCGUAUUGAUUAUAUUAUUCAUGGGGAUGACCCUUGUUUGUUCCCAGAUGGCACUGAUGCAUAUGCUAUUGCUAAGAAAGCUGGUCGCUUUAAGCAGAUCAAGAGAACUGAAGGAGUGUCAAGCACUGACAUUGUUGGUCGCAUGCUCCUUUGUGUACGGGAGAGAACUAGUGGCGAUCAUCAUACUCAUUCUUCCUUGCAAAGGCAAUUUAGCCAUGGGCACAACCCUAGGUUUGAUGAUGGAAGAUCUCCACAGGGAGGAACUCGUGUAUCACAUUUUUUACCCACCUCUCAACGCAUAGUACAAUUCUCAAAUAGGAAGGUUCCAGGUCCUGAUGCUCGGAUAAUUUACAUAGAUGGAGCUUUUGAUCUAUUCCAUGCAGGGCAUGCGGAGAUAUUGAGGCAUGCUAGAGCACUUGGAGACUUUUUAUUGGUUGGAAUUCAUACCGAUCAAACUGUCAGUUCUAGCCAAGGAGCUCAUCGUCCAAUCAUGAAUCUUCAUGAAAGAAGCUUGAGCAUUUUGGCGUGUCGUUAUGUGGAUGAGGUCAUUAUUGGUGCACCUAGGGUGGUCUCAAAGGACAUGAUAACAACCUUUAAUAUUUCAUUGGUUGUUCGUGGAACAGUUGCAGAAAACAUGGAUUGUCUUAUGCAGGAGAAAUCUAAUCCUUAUGCUGCUCCAAUGAGUAUGGGCAUUUUUCAGACAAUUCAAAGUCCUUUGGAUAUCACAACGAGCACAAUCAUUAAGAGGAUCGUUGCUAAUCAUGAAGCAUAUCAGAAACGAAAUGAAAAGAAGGAACAAAGUGAGAGGAAAUAUUACGAGAAUAAGACUUGCGUGUCGGGAGAUUGACUGAUGAACUUGUUUGCAACUGUUCAGCUAUUUCAUGGAACUGUUCAGCUCAUGACUGAAGAAUUGGAAACUCUCCCAAUGCAUUUUGUUUUGUGCUGAUUCCAGCCUCAACAACUUUCACCGAGUAAAAUCUGAAAUUAUUACUGAGGUUCUAUGAUUCAGUAUGUUCAAUGUAGCAGUUUUAUUAGGUUCUAUGAUUCAGUAUGUUCAAUGUAGGAGUUUUAUUAACUCUAAUAGUUUAAUUUCUUUCCGAGAUAGGGCUGCUAACUAUUGUUCCGUAAUCUUCUCGACGUUUUUAAAAUGGGGCAUUUACAUGCAUAUCAC